AUGGACUACCGCCACAUCGAGGCCCAGCAGAUCAUACGGAUGUCCCGCGAAGACCAGAGCCAGCGGACGAUUCGCUAUCCUAAAUGCAUCAACUCGGCUUUGUUGAUGGAGAUGGACCGGGAACGCGUCAAAGCCGAUUUGAUGCUGAACUGCCAGACCAAUAUUUUUGUGCAGCUGUUGGGUGAGGAAGGCAUGGUGAUGGAACCGCCUCCAUGUGACCGUUACGAAGACUUGCGUAUCUGCUCAAAUCGUGUUCAGCCUGUUUUUGACAAUAGUACCCUGCCAGCUGCCGAUGUCAAUUACCACUUCGAGGUGACCAUUAGCACUGUGCUCCUGGCCACUUUUAUUGCUCUAGCCUCGCUGUAUUGCGUAUAUCGGAAGCUCACCGAAUGGCCUGCCGAACCGUUGCCAUCUUCCCAUGUUGCGGCGAACAUCGCGCUCGAGGACCAAAUACUUGAAGACGAUUGGAUGGACAAAUUUGACCAUGUGAUCAGCGGAAAACCAGCUCCGCGCCCUCGGCGAGGCAAGCUCGGCUUUGCGCACGAAGGGCAUAUCGCAUUGCAGCUCAGGCUGCUACCAAAUCUGCCCGCUGGAGUGCCGCUGGAGAAGCAAAUCAUCAGCGGAACACCCGAUGACGCUUUGGCCAUCGCGAAAAAGUAUUUCAACGAACUGGCACACGGCUACUAUGUCUCGGAGAGAAAUGGGAUGCCGAGGAGAACGUUCGACCAUGCGGAAUUGCAGACGCUGUUCGACCACGCUAGAAAUAUCGUCAAGUGGACUGAUGGCGUCGCCCGCAUCACUGGCGCUACUUGGAUCAUUGGAGAUAUAAACGGUGAUUUCAACGCACUUGUGCGCGUGUUCGCCGCCUUCUCACAGAAGGCUUCCCCAGGACAGAAUAUGCUGUUCCUGGGAGACAUUGUCGAUCGUGGAAAACGUCAGUUGAUGUCGGUAGUGCUGAUCGUCUCCGCCUACGUCCUCUACCCAGAUAAGAUUUUCUACGUUCGCGGCAACCAUGAAUUGACCCCGGUCCAUUUCCGAUAUGGCUUCACCCAGGAGGUCUUCGACGAGGGCUAUACGUACCAUUGUAUCGACGCGGUCCGAUCAUUUUUCCAAUUGCUGCCCCCAUAUGCCCUGAUUGACAAGCGCAUCCUGGCGAUGCACGGCGGCCUUUGCCCCGAGUUCGAGCACGAGCUGAUUCGAGACGGAUUCGACCACACCGAUGAUCAAUUCGAGGAUCUGAUUCGUGGAACUCUCUGGAGCGAUCCCAAUCAUCAACAAGUCUGUUACGGGUGGAACCACCGCCGCAAUUUGGGCUAUUAUUUUGGCCAUGCUGCGAUUCAAGAGGUCCGUGAGAAGCUCGGCAUCGACUUCAUCGUUCGUGGCCAUCAGAAAUUGAACACCGGCAUGCGGUUCUUUGGUGACUGGCUGAUCUCGCUGCACACGACGGGCUUCCGCAGCCCGUCGAAAACCCCGGAGCAGCUAAAGCUGGAGCGCUCAUUCUCCCCUGAAGGCACCGCGGCCCGGAAGAAGAUCAUUGCGGAAGCGGGGGCAGAGCCGGAGAUUGGUGGCGUGCUGGUCUAUGACGGCAGGAAGUUCAAGAUGAUCCACCUGAUCCCAGUACAUCGCUACUACCGCGCCCAUGAGCAUUUCGCUUUUGACUUUGACCAGAAAAUGGCUGAUGAGCGGGUAUUUGUGCACAACGUCAACAAGCCGUUCAAGUUUGGAUGGCCGCGACCAACGAAGAGUGCGUCGACUACGUCCACUUCGUCGACAUGCAGCAACCUAGGACCGGGACUCUUUGACGAUGAUGUGGGCGAAACUCCUGGUCUGCUCGAGGAUGAAGUGGAGCGCGACGAGCAACCCGAAGGCAAUUGC